AUGUCCCCUGGUCUAUUGGGCAGUCCACUACCCGCCACCCAGUUUCCUUAUGAUGCUGGCUCGAUGGAAAGACGAGCUCUGAUGUCUUCCGAAUCAAGAGAGAAAUUUUUGGGGAAUUCUCGGCUCAUUACACCAAGUGACGGUUACAAUCCGUUCCAACCGGAACCGUGGACGGCAACAAGCGAAAGUAAAUUCCACGCGGAGCAAAAUCGAGCUGGAAAUCCUUUUGGGGCUAGUAUGGAGAAACUCACAAUUGCCACACCUCCAAAAAUCGAAGAAAAUCACCAUAUGCAGGCGAAAGAUUUGGUGAACUCGGCAGCAAUACAUCAACUGUCAGAUCCUGAUACCAAUGACGAAACCGAAAGAGAGCAUAGCAGUGACAUCCCACCCGACAUUCCAUCCCCAGGUUCCAAAUCCAAGAAGAGUGACACAGGUUCUCGCAUCUCUAACAUAUUAUCCAGCAAGGGAAAAGAGAAGAAAGCCAUGCCUCGGGAUUCACCAGGCUUUUUGGUACGUACCUUAGAUACGGCGGCCAGACGAGCGGGAGACAACGGCUUCUUCUCCAAAGAUACCCCACAGGGGCUUCGACCAUUGAAAGAUGAUUAUUUAGAAAGGAUUCAGAAAGAAGACAGCUUCCGUUGGCAAACAAAACGCUUUGAGGCUCUUGGUGAAGGCAUUCAUCGACAUUGCCUUCGGGAAAUAAGACGACAGGAACUGCUUCCCCCUCUCCUCCCUAAAACAACCAGUGGUGGCAAUAAGAAGUCCAAUUAUGACCUUGAGCAGCUCAUUCCAAGCUUUGCCAGGAUUGAGGAUGAUAUUCUAGCCGUCUCAGACUCUUUAGGCAAGGCUGCCUCCGGAGACCCUCUAUUUGAGAAGUACGGCGAGUUAAAUGAAUUCAUAACCCACAACAAAACGAGAUGUGUCCGCAUUGCACACAAGAUUGAUCCAUGUGGCUUUGGAGUCGAAAUAUUAUAUGUUGUAAAGCAGGGCUGGGAUAAUUCGCGAGAAACGCGCAAAAGGUACCAGAAGCGCUUAACCUCGGAGUUCCGUAUUUCUUCUGCUCUGAAUCACCCAAACGUUUUACGAUCUCUUGAUCUGUUACAGGAUUCCAGGGGCGUUUACUCUAUGGUCACAAAAUACUGUGCAGCUGGUAACUUGCACACUUUGAUAUCCACGACGGGCGAGCUCGAGUCUGGAGAAUCUGACUGCUUCUUCAAGCAACUGGUUUGUGGCCUCAGGUACAUUCACGAAAUGGGCGUGGCUCACCGUGAUCUCAAUCCCGAGAAUCUUCUCUUAACUACCGAAGGUACACUGAAAAUCGCCAGUUUUGGUAGCAGCGAAUCCUUCAGAGUUUCCAACGGGGAAGAAGUCCGCCUGAGUUCCGGUCUCUGUGGCUCUGGCCCGUACAUCGCUCCUGAGGAGUACACCGAAAAAGAAUUUUCAUCUUCAGCUGCGGACAUAUGGGCAACGGGACUGAUUUAUAUGGCCAUGCGCACUGGUCAGUCUCUGUGGAAGGUUUCUGGUCAAGAUGAUCGACUUUUUAGGCAGUAUACGAAGAACCGCAGAUACUCGGAGGGGUAUCCGCCAAUAGAGACACUACAUCAGACCCCCUGUCGCAAUGUGAUCUACGCUAUCCUGGAUCCAAAUCCUUCACGUCGCAUCACCGCUUCGCAAAUACUCAAAUCCGAGUGGAUAUAUCAAGUCAAGCUGUGUGUUGCUAGUUUGGAAGGGUUUUAA